AUGGACAGGGACGAAUGUAAGGGGGACAACGGAGAAUUCUAUUUGCUGAAGAAGGUUGAUGAAGUCAAGUUUGUAGGAAUAUGGGGUAAGGGCAGAGUUGGCAAGACAACUCUUUCAAGAGCCAUUUGUGAGAAGUGCAAUCAUGAAUGUGAUUUUCAUUGUUUUCUCCCCAGUGUUAGGGAGGAUUCUGAAACAUGUGGGCUAUCUUCUUUACAAAGAAAAAUACUUCCACAUCUUAGAAAAGAAAACAAAGAAAUUGAAGACACGUUCAUAGUAAGGAAAACCAUUAAAAACCAUUUUCGCAAUAAAAAGGUUUUGCUUAUCCUUGAUGACGUAAGUUCUAUAAACCAAUUGGAGAGCCUUGCUGGAAGCAUGGAGUGGUUUGGUGCUGGGAGUAGAGUAAUUAUAACAACCAGAGAUGUCAACUUACUUAGGUUACAUCAUGUGGAUUCAAUAUACGAGGUUAAUACAAUGAACGAGGAUGAAUCUCUUCAACUUUUUCGCCUAAAAGCAUUUACAAGAGAUCAAGCUGCAGAUGAACAGGGCCUUUUGGAGAAGUCUAAAUAA